AUUAUAUAAAUACCUUAAAAAUGUUUCUUAGAAGCUUUUUUAAAAGGAAAUCUAAAAUAACACCACGAAAACUUAUAAAUAAUUCUUUUGGAAAAUAUGAGGUUAUUGAACCAUGGGAAAUUUCUGAAAUUAAAGAAGUACCAUCAUGUAUUCCUAAACCUUCUUACAGUCAAUCUUUAGUACCUCGUGAUGGACCAAAGGAACCUGAAAUUAAAGACAAAAAUCAAAUACAAAGUAUGAGAGACAGUUGUAAUUUUGCUAAACAAAUAUUCACUCAUAUUAAACAAUAUAUAAAGCCUGGUAUAACUACAGAUGAAUUAGAUACAAUAGUUCAUGAAAUGAUUAUAAGUAAUGGAGGUUAUCCUAGUCCACUUAAUUAUAAAGGAUUUCCAAAAUCAAUAUGUACUAGUAUUAAUAAUGUUGCAUGCCAUGGAAUUCCAGAUAAAAGGCCAUUAGCAAAAGGCGACAUAUUAAACAUUGAUGUAACAGUGUAUUUUCAUGGUUACCAUGGAGAUUGUUCAAAAAUGUUUGAAGUAGAAGAAUGUGAUGAUGAAGCUAAACAAUUAAUAAGUGUAACAGAAUUGUGCUUAAAAAAUGCUAUUGGUAUUUGUAAACCAAAUGAAAAUUUCUCCAGUAUAGGGAAUAUCAUUGAGGAAACAGCAAAUAAGAAUGGAUAUUCUAUAGUACCAGUGUUUGCAGGACAUGGUAUAGGUACUUACUUCCAUGGACCACCAGAUAUUUUUCAUUUUGCAAAUAACUUCGAUGGAAAAAUGUUGCCUGGAAUGACAUUUACUAUUGAACCAGUUUUAAGUCAGGGUGGUGAAGAAAUUAAAAUUCUAGAGGAUGGAUGGACAGCUAUUACAAUAGAUGAUGCAAGAACUGCUCAAUGCGAGCAUACUAUUUUGAUUACUGAUAUUGGUUGUGAUGUAUUGACUCGUUAAUCUCACAAGUUUGCUUUGUGUGUAAAUUUUCAUAGCAUCAAGUU